AUGGGUGUACACAACGUGCCAUCGAGCUACAAAACAAUGAUUAAUUGUUUAAAACGGACGUCAGAAACAGCAAGAAUCGGGCAGUACAGCUUCUUUUGUCCGGUGUGUAAUAUUUUGAAUCCGACCAAUGAACAGUGUCAAAAUAGUGAAUGUUCUCAACACCAGAAAUUUCAAGAACCCAUUCUCAAUACGUUUUUCGAGUUUGAUAUUUUUCAACAAAUUGAUCAAAUUUUAUCUAGAGAAAAGUGUCUAACAUUUCCUGAUCAUAAAUUACCGUCUCAACAAUCUCCAGUUACUGAUAUCACCAACUCGUCUUAUUACCAAAAGAUUAUGGCAGAGGAGAAAACAAAAUUUAUCACGUUAACAAUGAAUGUUGAUGGUAUUGGAAUCGAGAAUAAAAAUGAAACGGGAAUAUGGGUAAUAAUGUUCAUCAUUAAUGAAAUAAAGAAAAAAUAUCGAUUCAAAAUGAAUAAUGCCGUUUUCGGUGGUGUUUGGGCGAACAAGAAAAAACCGAAACGUGAACAU